AUGGGUGACUACUCGAAAGCACUUGAAUUUUACGAAAAAUCACUUAAAAUUAAAGAAAAAGCUCUGCCUCCGAAUCAUCCCGAUUUGGCUACUUCCUACAACAACAUCGGCCAAGUGUAUAACAACAUGGGUGACAACUCGAAAGCACUUGAAUUUUACGAAAAAUCACUUAAAAUAAGAGAAAAAGCUCUGCCUUCGAAUCAUCCCUAUUUGGCUACUUCCUACAACAACAUCGGUCUAGUGUAUAACAACAUGGGUGACUACUCGAAAGCACUUGAAUUUUACGAAAAAUCACUUAAAAUAAGAGAAAAAGCUCUGCCUCCGAAUCAUCCCUAUUUGGCUACUUCCUACAACAACAUCGGUGAAGUGUAUAGAAACAUGGGUGACUACUCGAAAGCACUUGAAUUUUACGAAAAAUCACUUAAAAUUAAAGAAAAAGCUCUGCCUCCGAAUCAUCCCGAUUUGGCUAUUUCAUAUGGCGACAUCGGUCAAGUGUAUAAUAAUAUGGGCAAUUACUCCAAGGCACUUUCGUUUCUCGAAAAGGCGCUAACUAUUCAACAGAAAACACUUCCGCCAUCACAUCCUCAUAUUAAAGAAACGAUACGUAGAAUUAACAAUGUUAAAAAGGUGUAA